UACAUUUCUCCCCUUCUUCAUUCGUUCAUUCCUUCUCCUCCCAAACAUUUGCUCUCUUGUUUUUAGUGUAAGAAUCAAUGGAAAGCAUGGACCGAUGUCACCAGAAGCGACCCAAAAUCACCAUUACUGAUCAGUCUGAAGAGGUUAUUAGUAAUGAAUGGAAAUUCAUAAACAUAACUGAACAAGAAGAAGAUCUCAUAUAUAGAAUGUAUAGGCUUGUUGGACCCAGGUGGGAUUUAAUAGCUGGGCGGAUUCCAGGUCGAAAAGCAGAAGUACUAGAGAGGUUCUGGAUCAUGAGACAUUGUGAUGCGUUUGCUGAAAAACGAAUUCAACAUAAGAUAGAGGGCUCUAAUAUUGAUCGUCGUCAAAUGUUUAAUGGAUUUAAGUAGUAGUCUCCCUUUUCGAUUGUUUUCUGUGCCUAUCUAUUAUUGUGUAGUAAAUCAGUUCUUGCAGUUCUCUCUCUCUUUAGAUAAACUGUAAUGAGGGAAAAGAAAAGGUAAAUAUAUGGCAAGGUAAAUUUCAAGU